AUGGAUUAUGAUUUGGAUGUUAUUAGUGAAGAUGAAAAUACUUCUGAUCCAUUAUUUAAUUGCAUUUUAAGUGCAAUGAAUUCAAUGAAAGAAGCAACUGCUGAUAAAAUUUAUCAAAAACUUCAAAAAGAAGGAGCUACAAAUUAUUCAAAACCUCAGCUUGCCUUGCAGGUUGAUCGAGCCUUAGAAAAUGCAUUAAAAUAUGGAAUAUUUGAAGUUAAAAACAACCGUUAUAGAGUAAGGGAUAAUGUUCUGGAUGAUGUUGAUACCGUUUACUGGAAGAUGCAAAAAUUACGGGAACAAACGCCAUUUCAUGUUCAAGAUGAUAGACAAUUACGACAAAAUUUAGAUCCGGAAAAGGAUAAUUUACGAUUUAAAAAACCUCCAGCUCCUGGAAUUUCAGAAUGUCCACAAUGUGGUAGAAUAAAAAAGUCGAAAAGAAAAUCUAAUUCCAUAAAAUCAGAUAAACAACAUAAAAUGAGAAAAUUAGAAGCAAAAGAAACGGUUACGUCUUGUAACGUUCAUCCAAAAUAUUUUCGGGAUGAUUCUUUUUCCAAACCCAAAGGGGAUUACAUGCCGGGAGGAGGAAAAUAUGAUACAACGGAUGAAUCCGAAUUAGAUUCACUUUCUUUUUUAUCCGAUGAUGAACAAAGUUUUGCAAGUUACAACAGUCCAAAACCAAAAAAUAAAAUUAAAAAAUAUAAAUUUUCACGAUUCGAUUCGGAAGGGGAUGAAAUUACACUCAGGCAAAAAGAAGAUAUAGUUAAGGGUAAAAAAACAUUCGUUAGAAGCCUGCCUCGAAGUGAAACGUCAAUACUAUCAAAUGAACCCUGUGAUAAUGUAGAAGAAAAAGAUUAUUAUGAUUUUACAAACAAAUCAACAAACCCCAAACCAGAGGAUGAAGUUUCAAAUUGUUACAAUUCAACUAAAUUAUAUGAUAGAGAUAAAACAGAUGAAUUUGAAAGGAAAUCCGAUUGGAUUGGAUAUACUGAUAUUCAACAGGGAGCCAUUAUUCAAUCAAAUAACGUUCUUACAAUAGAACCCAUGGAUUCGAUGGCUUUGAAAGGACCCGAACAUACAAGUUAUAUUUCUUAA